AUGCUCGAGAUGCGCCUGUCAUCCCUCGCGCUGGUGGCACUACUAGAAGCCGUGGCAAUACUUGGCUCGCCUACAAAACCAUCAUGUUCACAGGCUGACCUCUCUGUCAAGAUUGAGUCUGGUACCGUACACGGCAUUGUCGAUUCCGUCAAUCCAGAUGUCCGCCAGUUUUUGGGCAUCCCAUAUGGAAAGCCCCCUGUCGACGAUCUAAGAUGGGCACCGCCCAAAGCAGUCGAGCCUUUCGGCGAGUUCAAUGCGACUACGCCAGCUGCAAGCUGCAUACAGUACCUCACAAGUCUUUCCAGCAUCUGGAUCAACGAUGUUUUGCAGUUCAACCAGGGUGGUCUCAAUGGCACCAUCGGACCAAUGUCCGAGGACUGCUUGACAAUAAGCGUUUGGGCGCCCCGCGGUGCUAAAAAGCAUCUCCCUGUGCUCUUAUGGAUCUACGGCGGCAGUUUCAAGACCGGCGGCGAGAAUGUACCGUAUCAGAUUCCGACACAGUGGAUCCAGCGGACUCAGGACCACAUUGUUGUGACGUUCAACUAUCGGGUCAACAUCUUCGGAUUCCCAAAUGCAGCCGGCUUAGACGAAGCGAAGCAGAACUUGGGUCUGUUUGACCAGAGAUUGGCUGUUGAAUGGGUUAGGGAUAAUAUCGCUGCGUUUGGCGGCGAUGCCGAUCGAAUCGGACUGUGGGGACAAUCGGCUGGAGGAAUCAGCGUGGCGUACUACAGCUAUACGUACCCUGAAGAUCCUAUCGUAUCUAGCCUGUUGAUGGACUCCGGAAACGAGUAUCUCGACAUUCUUUCCUACGACACCCCUCAUUCAAACUUCACCUUCCUAGCAUCUCAGUUCGGUUGUGGUAGACUUGAGCCUGCAGAGGAGCUAGCUUGUAUGAGAAAAGCUGAUGCAUACGCAAUCGAGGAGUUCCUACAUUCUUAUACCGACAACGGCACCGAGCCUGCGGUUUCUUUUGCUCCCGUCAUCGAUGAAAAAACUGUAUUCUCCGAUUUUGAGGCUCGAGCUCUUAAUGGUAGCGUGGCAGCGCUGCCCACAAUACUGGGGUCCAACAGGGAUGAUGGUGUACCCUUUGUUCCAUAUGAUCCUGAUGGUGUAAAUGCUACCCUAGCGUUCGCCGUUACGUUGCAAUACUUCUUCUGUCCCGCUUACAAGAGUGCCAACAAUCGUAUUGCUGCCGGGGCUCCUGUGUUCCGGUAUGAGUUUUCCGGAAAUUUUAGCAACUUGUCGCCGAGACCGUGGAUGGGCGCAUGGCACAACUCUGAAUUACCAUUGUUAUUUGGCACACACUCUGACUACCGCGGUCCUUCUACUACCUUGGAGAACGAGACCAGCGUUGUUUUGCAGGAUGCAUGGUUGUCUUUAGUUUCCGGUGGCGCUUUAGGGACGCUGGCGCAAGAUUGGCCGUUGUAUGACAGGAGUGCUGGCAGUCUGAUAAGGGAAUUUGGUAAUGGUGUCGCUGUGCAGACCACGAAUUUUCAGGAAUGGGAGAGUCUUUGUCCUGAGGCAUUUCAGGCUUAG